UGGCAACGUUGCACGGUCCCAGAGUCCCACCACCUGUGACGUCAAGUUCAAGUUCAUCUUCGCCGGCCGCCACCUGUCCUUCCUUCCUUCCAGCCAUGGCCUCCCUUACGCCGGUGACCCACGUUAUCUUCGACAUGGACGGCCUGCUGCUGGACACCGAGAGGCUAUACACAGAGUCCACCCAGGCCCUUGUCACGCCCUACGACAAGACUUACACCUGGGACAUUAAGGUGAAGUGCAUGGGCAUGAAGGGACAUCAGAGUGCGCAGAUCAUCAUUGACGACCUCGACCUGCCCCUCACCGUUGAGCAGUACCUAGACCAGAUUGCCCAACACUAUACCGUUUUCUUCCCCACGGCCAAGUUGCUGCCAGGGGCAGAGCGGCUGGUCCGUCACCUCCACAAGCACAAGGUCCCCAUCGCCAUAGCCUCCGGGGGCGCCAAGGACAGCUACGACCUCAAGACAACCAACCACGGCGAGUUCAUCUCCAUGUUCAAGCACGUGGUCCUGGCCUCCAGCGACCCUGAGGUGAAGCAAGGCAAACCGUCGCCCGAUGUCUUCCUGGUGUGUGCUGGACGCUUCCCGGAUAAGCCCGACCCUUCCAAGUGCCUAGUGUUCGAGGACGCGCCCAAUGGUGUGGAGGCGUCCGUGGCGGCAGGCAUGCAGGUGGUGAUGGUGCCUGACCCGCGCCUCAAACCCGAGCUGACCACUGGUGCCACGCAGGUCCUCGCCUCACUGGAAGACUUCAAGCCCGAGCUGUUUGGCCUCCCACCCUAUGAGGAGUAGGGGUGCAGUGGGGGGGAAGGAGAAGAGGUGGAGAUGCAGGUGGAAAGAGGAGGGAAGGGGAGAGACGAGAUAGUGAGUUAGAGAGAGGAAAUGGAUUGAAAGGAAAGAGGAGAUGAGAUGAAAGAAGGAAAGCUGGAUGGAGGUAGAGAAGUAGAAGAGAGGAAGUGAAAUGAAAGAGACGAGAUGAGUUGAGAUGAUUGAGAUGUGGUGGAGGUGAAGAAGGGAAGAUAAAACAGGUGUAGAGCGGAAAUUGAAGGAAACAAAAAAGGAAAUAUGGAGAUAGAGACGCAGAUAAGACAUUUUACCUCCCCAUCCUUUUGAAUAACCAGAUAAUGGAGUCCAGAUAAGGAGGGAGAGGAGGAGUACCAGUAAUAGGAGUUAAGAGAUAAUGGCAAAUGGAGGGAAAAAGUGCAGUUAGAUAAUGGCUUGUUGGGGAAAAAGUUAGAGUACAAAGGAUUGAAGAUGGAAUGGGGGGUGGAGUGUAAGGUGGUAAUAGAUAGGAGAGAAUGUGGAGUAGUGGAAUGAAGGGUGCGUUGAGAGGAAAGCAAGGAAAUAGUGAGAGAAAUGAGAGACAGGAAUGAAGUGCAGGUAGCUAUUAACGAGUCCCAGGUGAGAUAUUGUCGAGUGAAAGUGUUCCCUAUUAAUUGUGUCAUUGAGAGAGAGAGAGAGAGAGAGAGAGAGAGAGAGAGAGAGAGAGAGAG